AGAGACGUGUUGUUGUCGUGCAUGUUCACAGAGGAUUUUCUGGAAGCAGAUUCAGAUUUUUCAGCACAAGAUUGCGAUGCUUUGUCAUCCACAGUUCAGCGAUUAAUGCUAACAAACAUACGACGUGCUCUAAACACAUCUUGGGAAGACUUUUAGACAAUAACGUACUCUAGACAAUACGGAUUUAACGCAGUUAGUUAUAAAGCUCGUGAAACAAACGCGCUAAUCUGCUAAUUAGCCUGCAGGCUAGCCACUGUCGGUUUACAUCAGGGAAUAUAACAUUCGCUGUUGUUUCUGUCAUUGUCGAUCGUGAAUAUGAAGUAAAUGGUGUGCGGGAAGCUAGAGAGUGUGUGAUGGAGUGAAGCAGCGGGUGUAGGAGCUCUCCUAUCGGCUGUUAUCUGCAGUUAAUCCCGCGGCUGUAAGAGGCUCAGUGUUAAACUCCUGCUGCCGCGGCUCGGGACUCUCGCCAUGGACGCAGGAGGAAAUUCUGACCUGGACCUGGACAAAUAUGACUCUGAUGAGCAAGUGAAGAUCAUCUGCCUCGGAGACAGCGCUGUGGGGAAGUCCAAGCUUAUGGAGCGAUUCCUCAUGGAUGGAUAUCGGCCUCAGCAACUCUCCACUUACGCUUUGACUCUGUACAAAUACACCACCACCAUCAAUGGACAGACCAUUCUAGUUGAUUUCUGGGAUACUGCAGGACAGGAGCGUUUUCGAAGCAUGCACCCGUCGUACUAUCAUAAAUCUCAUGCUUGUGUCAUGGUGUUUGAUGUGCAGAGGAAAAUCACAUAUAAGAAUCUCACUGUCUGGUAUAAAGAGCUGCGCGAGUACCGGCCCGAGAUCCCGUGUCUGGUAGUGGCCAAUAAGAUUGAUGCUGACAUGAAGGUCACGCAGAAGAGCUUCAACUUCGCUAAGAAACAAGGCCUGCCUUUCUACUUUGUAUCUGCUGCUGAUGGAACCAAUGUGGUAAAGGUGUUUAAAGACGCUAUUCAGAUGGCGCUGUCCUACAAGAGGAACUCCAGCGACUUUAUGGAUGAAGUCAUGAGGGAACUAGAGAACUUUGAUUUAGAGAACAAGGAAGAAUCAUCAGAUAAAGAGGAAACGCAGGAGGAGAAACCUAGCUCUGCAUGACCUCAUCAUCUUCAUCAUUUUUACCAUCGUCUGUCCUCAGUUCAUGGCUGUUCUUUCAGCAGACACAACACAAUAUGAUCCUGUGAAUGUACACGUGGCAUUAUCUGACAUCAGAAUGAAAUCUCGGUGCACUGCAGAUUUUUGAUAUUUCAUGGAAAUUGUGCAGCAUUCAGAUUUAGUAAAAAGUAGUCCUCUAUAGAGACUCUCUGCAAUGUGAAGUGUUUCCUGUGCCGAAUUUAACAUGUUUUUACAUUAUUAUUUUGUUUUCAGAGGGAAAUAAAUAUUUAUGAGACUUUCUCACAAAGUGUAAUGUUUUACAGCAAAUGCUCAAGUAACAAUCUGUGACGCUCACCAAUAUGAAUAAAGUACUUGAUUUUUGUAUGGGUAGUUGAUUACAUUUGGAAGUAGUUGUUAUUAUAACAGUUGAAAAUGUGAAAAAAAAAAGAUUUAUUUGCCCUCAGGGCAUUCAAGAAUAAGGUAAAUAUUUCCUUUCUUUUUGUCAUUAAAGGAGAUUUUUAGAGUUAAUUAACACAAAAUAAAUCAUACAGACAAAACGAAAUGCAUACCUGUGAAUCUUGGUGUUAUAUUGAAGUCGUAAGAAGAUAAACUAUCAGUACUGUGCAGAAAAUGAACAUGAUUAACAACAUUAUACCAUGUAAUGUUUGUACCAAUAUAACAGUCAUAGCAAACCGUCCUGUGUGUUCUAUUGUAAUCGUUGACUUGCAUUCCAGUCACCUAGUUAUGGUUUCGACAAAAAAGAUAAAUAAUAUAUAUGUUACAGAAGAAACAAAAACACAUCUUGAAUGAGUAAAUAAAAUAAUUUUCAAUUUGAGAGUAAAAUUUCUUUGCAAAAAUUAAACAUUUCGAAAGACAAAAUGGCCGUCAGUUACAAACGUAGACGCUUAGCUUAUUUGCCAAUCGAAUCCUCUCUGGAUGUGACAAACAUACACGAACGUGUUUGUCUGGAUGUUAUAGAACACGUGACUGGAACAAACUUGAGAAUGUGCAGCUUUCAAACACUGACCUUUAUAUCUGAGAUUCUGAAGGGACGUGCAGCGCUGCUCUUUAUCCUUAAAACCUGUGGAGGACAUGUCUGUCAUAUCACAACCAAAUCCAAACAUCUUUCAACCUUUGUUGUCGAUUGUAAAGUAUUAGUUCAUGUUUAACAAAUAUCGUUUUUGUCGGGUUGUUUAAUUGUAAAGGCUGAAAUGCAUGUUUUUAGAAAUAUUUAGCCUACAUUUCAUCAGAUCUUCUAGACAAACGAUGGCAAGAGAAAUCUCAUUCGAAUCCCCUUUAGAAAUCACAAUUUUUAAUUAGGCUAUUUGCUUUUGUGAUGUUUUGCACAAGUGCUUUAUACAGUUUAUAUAGUGUGUUUAAAUGGAACCAGCUUUGUUUUGCACUUGAAUGUGUAUAUCUUGAGAUUAGGGAAAACAAUCUUGCUAAAACCUCUGUUGUUUUUGUGUAGUAUACACAAAUAUCUUGUACUGUGAACAGAAUGUGAUUCAUAUUAAAAAAAUAUAUAAACAGA